UACAACCGAGCCAGCGGAGCCAACGCAGCGGCGGUCGGCUGUGUCGGCCAGCAGGAGUUUUAGGAGAGUCGCCGUGCUGCGCCGAGAGAAAAGGGGUUGUGCUCCGUAAAGUCCACUUUACUUUUCUUUCGCAGCCUUAUUUUCUCGGUAAGGCCAGUGGGUGCCGCCAUCUAAUCUUAUUCGAUCGCACAAAGCUUUGAGGAGAUCGAGAAACGCGCUGACGGACUUAAUGUGAAGGGUCGAGAGCCUGCAGCUCUUCGCAUCCGCCGCUUUGAUCCAGUGUUGGUGAGGUUGCGAAAGGUCUAGGCCUAAACUUGCAGCCGAUCGGCGCUGAGGAGCGAUGCAUCCCGACAAGAAGGCGUGGCUCUGGGUAGUUGUACUGGCGUCCCUACUUUGCACGGUCUACUCGUCUACCGUCAAGGACAAAUCUAAAGACUCCGAGGAAUGGGACUUUGAGUUCGAAGAGCACUCGCGAGAUGAGACUUCGACGCAGAAGGAUUCGAUGAAAGAUCUGAAAGCGACAUAUAACGCCUGGUCUUUCGCCGAUGCCGACCUCUGUCGCACCGUUCAAUGCAAGCCGACGCAGGAGUGCUUGAUUCAAGAUGAAAACACCGCAAUCUGUGUCAGUGCAAAGAAAGUCAAGAAAAUGAAGAAGGCAUCUUUGUCAGGUGGCUGGGGCAGCUAUGACAGAAAGCAAAGCACAGCAAUGCCGUCCACAUCAACUGCAGCCAGCGCUGGCAGCACUGCAGCAGUCAGCACCACUAGCAAGCCGUGGAGCAGUGCAGAGGCGGAAGAUGACGACGACGACGACGAUGACCAGUAUCUGGAAGAGGAUAGCAGCCAAGAGGAAGAGCUGCGGUGCCCACCAUGUCCCGUGUUCAAGGCAGACUAUGUGUGUGGCACAGACAACCAGACAUAUUCAUCCGAAUGUCGGCUCCAGUACCACAACUGUCGUCAGCGCACUUCAGUGCAGGUCUCCUGCAAGGGAUUCUGCCCAUGUAAAGCUGUAAAAAGCUUGGAGGAACAACAACGGGAAAGUCGACAGAAAGCCCGGUGGGACCGUUACAUGGCAAAGUUACAAAAUACCAUUGACAAGGAGAAAAAAGCCAACAAGGAUGCAACAGGCAAGCCUGCUGCCUUCAGCAACAGUAUUCUACUCCCACCCAGGCUGAAGUCCAAGUAUAGCUCCAAGGACUCCUGGACUAACAAAGACAGCCAUAAUUCUGUGUUGACAAACAAGGUGUCUUCUCCUGUGAGCAAAGACAAAGGGUGCACCAAUGACGAUCUACAGGCCAUGGGCGACCGGCUGCUUGACUGGUUUUCAGUGGUCAUGAGUGACCACCAACUGAGCACCCAAGUGUCCACGAGACGGAGGACCCACAGAGUAUCUGACUAUCACCUACCAGAGUGCAAGCCAGAAGUGGGUUGGAUGUUCCACCACCUAGACUCGGAUGGGAACCUUUUGCUGACGCUGCGUGAGCUGUAUGACCUGGAGCACGAUGAUCGCGAACGCUGCCUCCAGCCCUACUUGGCUGUUUGCGACCUCAACCGAGACUCGUUUCUCAGUACUAUAGAGUGGUGUGCUUGCUUUAACAAGUCUCAACGACCAUGUGCAGCAGCUUUGAGGCGGGUUACGCCUGGUCUGAUUGGGGCGUACAUCCCACAGUGUGACGAGGAGGGUUACUUCUUACCAGCCCAGUGCCACAGCAGCGCUGGCAUGUGCUGGUGCGUUGACCGUCAUGGCGCCGAGUUUGCCAACACACGCCGGAGAGACCGGCCCGACUGUGAAUCGCUGAUGAACAAAACCAACCGUGACAAGUCGCUUGAAGAUGACACAGAAGAGGACAGCGACGAAGUUAAGGACAAGUAUGAAGGAUCGGGAGACCGCAUUCAGGACUUCUGAACAUCCUUCUCAAAGAAUGGCCGUUUGGGUCUCACCCGUUCCUUUGCCCCUCCCCCUUUACAAUUCAUCACCGUUUCUCCUUGAUGCACCCGCUUGUUCUGUCGGUGAUAGCAAGUGCAAUAGUCUGGGCCUCGUCUCUUCUGAUUUACAGCCAGGAACAAAAAAAGAAAGAAAAGAAAAAAAUUGGGCUGUGAUUGUCAAAAGGACUUGCAUUUGUCUUCAACAGUUGUCCUUUCGAGUGUGUUUAAUGUGAGAACUGACAGCAGUAGUGGUUCUAAUAUGGAAACAUUGGCUUUACUUCUUGCAAGCUGCAGGUUUGUCUUUCAUCAAAGGUGCCCUAUGUUUUAUUGUUACAAUUGAAAAAUCGUUUUUCUCGGUGGAACUGAGAACAUUUUUGUUAUUGUUACAUUCAAGAAGUUGCAGCAGCGUAACUCAGCUGUCUCGGCAAAUGGUCAAAAUUUAUUAUUUGUUACCUCACCUUUUUAGUGUGGACUUCUUAGAAGUAAUAAUUGGCAGGUAAGAAUUGUGCAAGGAUGGUGUGCCGUUAUAUGUGAUGUACAAGAUUCUUUACAGUUUUUAUUAUUCGCACUGUUAUGUUGCAUUGUCGUAAUCACCUUUAUUUUGCAAGCUGUUACAGAUAGGCUCAAAGCAUCUGGUUUGAAGGUACGUACAUACACUCUGUUAACCUAUAUAUGCAUUUUAUUUACUCUGGGCUACUUACAAUUGUCAGUGCUGAUGAUUUCAGCAUGGUUCGCUCAUUUCGUGGUUGCUUCUCUUACAAUAAUCUGAGCAACAAUGUCUUAAUUUUAGAGCAUGGUUUAGUUAUGUAUUUACCUAGUUUCAUCGUAUCCUAGAGCGCAGGGAAGGACAAAUGGGGCUACUUAAAGCUAUUAAAAUACCCAAGGCUGGCUUUUACAAAGCUUGUAGUGUAUAUUUUGGGUAUGCCUGUUUGAAGCUAGGGCAUACAAAUGUCUUUUAAAAACUUGUUUACUGUAUUUUUUUAAAUAUGUGCUGUGCUCUACGGGAAUACUCUUAUAGUUUUGUCCAUAUUUGUCAACAGUGUAUUUAUUAUUAAGCAAGUAUAACAUUAAUGACUGGCACAUGUUUAAUGCUUUGCUUUUAUGUGACCCUUAGUUUUAUUAACACCCUAUGUCACAAUUUUUUGGUUUUUGUUGAUUCUCCUUAUUUUUCAAAAGGCUUAAUUAUGUCAUGUGGUGGAGCCUAUUUUGCUUACUCUGUGGACCCAUGUGUUUAUAAUGUGCCAUUGUUGCUUUCCUUGUUUUGUUUGUUCACAUUCUUAAUGUUCCUGAGUCAUAAUAUGCUUAUGUUUGUGUACACCGAAAAAGUGUGAGUCUUUUAGCUACCUAUGUUUGGUAGAAUUCGCACAAAGCCAACAGAAUCCAUGUCUUCCAUUUAAGUUGAGUGCCACAUGUAUUAUCUUUGUUGAAGGUGUGUUUGUUCAGCUUUGUGUUUCAGCCUAUGAGAAUAUCGGUGGCUCUCAUUGAUGCUUAUUUUCUAUAACAGUCACAAGCUUCUACAGUGUUGUGUUUGCAUUUUAUGGUUGUUUAUGGGGAAGGAUUUUGGACUGAAGCUGGAAAGAAAGGUGUAAAUGCAGUUCUAACUACUUUUGAAUCUCGCUUGUUUCACAGCAACGGGCUUAUAAGAUUGCACACGCCUAUUAGUAAGCUGUGCUCCAGGAUGCCGAUUCAGUGAUUGUACAAAGUCUUCUGUGAUAAUAGGCCAGAUUUGACCGCAGUGGUUUGCCGAAUCUCAUAUUCUUUCUUGCACAUACACCAAUAUUACAUCCUUUAGUAACUGUACAAUCUUUUAGUUAGGAUCACCUUGUGUUGAUCUGGUGUAUACAAGACUGAUUCAAAUGACUGCAUGGGGCAUGGGGGCGAAUUCACAAGAUGCUUGCUUCGAUUGUGCUAAUAUUAGCAUGCAUCAAUAUAGCUGGCAUCAACUUUUUUUUUCUGAACAGUUGUUUGCGUAUGAGAAAUUUUAUGUAAGCAAUGUAAUUUUCAGGCUGAUAAUUUUUCCAUUCAGUAUUAUCAUUCCUUGAGCAUUUAGUAGAGAAUUUCAAACGCAAGUCUGUGAGGACAGCUCUAGCUUUCUGUAUAUAUUUAUUUAAAUUCAGAGUCCUUCUCAUGAAUCAGUUUGUCUUUUUUUGUCUUUUUGUUCAAAACGCUUAAAUUAAACAGUUUCAUUUAUGCCUUUCGAUUCUCAUUUUUAUUAUCAAUAAAUUUACCUGUUAUCAACAUUCUGUUUAUCAGGAUAUGGUUCCAUGCCAGCAGUCAGCCUGACCAGCUAAACUGUGCAGUUUGAAACAUGCUAAGGCACAAGAAUUUGAAAACUCUCAAGUAUUAAUCUCAUAGUGAUUAUGUUACGAAACAGUGAUGUCUGUUUAAUAUUUUUUUAUUUAUUUGAUACUGUCAACCUCGUGCUUGGGGUCAUUACAGGGAGGGUGUGACAAAGUACAUAACGUUCGCACAAAAAAGAAAAAUUCAAAAGCACAUAUAAAUACGAGAUAAAUAACCAACAACAGAAAAAUAAGAAACAAACAACAUUGACUAUACACAUAAAAAUCAACAAAUAAAUGCUCACAACAGAAUUUUGCACACAUCACUACAAAGUAAACUGUAAUGCAUUUUCAAAAAUCACUGACGUUGUUUGUUGCACAACUGCAUUGGGUAAACUAUUCCACAUAUCUAUUGUGUCUGGGAAAAAGGAGUGGCGGAAAGCAUUUGUGCGUGUGAAAUAAGGUUGAAUUGCUCUACUAUUAUUAAGACGAUCACAUCGCCUUCCAGGGGGCUGAAGAUAUAAAUUCUUAUUUAUUUUUGUUUGUCCACUUAUAAUCUUCAAAAGAAAUUGGAGGCGAUGUUUGCACCUGCGAUAUCCCAAACACUCAAGCUCACAGGACUUUAACAAAGCUGCGACUGAGUGUGUGUGUCGGUAUCUACCGCAUGUGAAACGGACUGCUAAUUUUUGUAUUCUUUCAAUUUUUGUCCACAACACCUUCUGGUGAGGCGACAACACAAUACUAGCAUACUCCAAGACAAAAAAACUGUAUUUCCUAAAGAAAAAACUGAAACAUGCCACACCUGAUGUAAAACUAACUGCUUACAAAACAUUCAUACUGAAUGACGUAUGAAUGUUUUGUAAGCAGUUAGUUUUUUCUUUAGGAAAUACAGUUUUUUGUUUGCCUUAGAACAGAUGUUUGCCUUAGAACAGAUGAUAAGCGAGUACCAUUUCAAUGUGUGCAUAAUACUAACUCCUAGGUACGUAUUUGAAACAAGCGGCAUUAUUUAAAAGGUGACUUCCGAUGUGAUACAUUCCCGCCCUCUAGAGUGGAUAUGAGUAAAUGUUGUCUUGCUAUAGUUUAUUUUCUUGUCCCAUAUUAUACACCACUGAUCUAAUGCCUGUAAGCGCCUGUUCAGAUUAAGUUGGUCACCUUCGCAAGUAACGGGGGAAUAAAUCAAGCAGUCAUCUGCAAAACGUUUCAUUUUAAUAGGAGCCUCAACUAUUUAACAUAGAUUAUUAAAAAAUAUCAGAAAAAGAAUUUGUCCUAAAACAGAUCUUAGGGGAACGCCCGAGUACAUGGCCAGUGGUCUUGAAGUGUAAUUUUCUAUAUAAUAUUAGUAAAUAUCUUGCAUAUAGACAACUUUGCCUUAAAGUCUGUUCACCUACCAAUGUGCCCAUAGAAAAUGGAAUGAAGGCAUGUUGUAUGCUAAGCUUUUUUUUUAUAUUAUAAAUCAUAUAUAUUAUGUUUCACUAUAAGGUUAGGGUUAGUGAUCAGAGAAUUUAUUAGUGCAUUAUUCUGAGGGCACUAUAAAUAACUUUUUUUAGGCACGAAAAGCAUGUUUCAUGUAUAAUUUCUCUUAAUAACUUCUUCCAUAGUGUAUUGCACAAGUGUUGUAUGCUAAUCUGUUUUAGACAAACAUUGAUUACCUUGUCAAAGACCUGAGUUUAUAUUUGAAGCUUUCAAAUUGCUUGUCAUGCAAGAUGCUUGCCGUAUGCAUUUAUGGGCAUGGAUGGUAAUAAUGGCAUCAUUAACCUUGAAUCAGCUUUAUGCACUUUCAAGUUUCUAAUGUGUAUCUCUCGAGCCCGUUGCUUGUGGAACAAACCUUCGGUGCACAUUUGGAGUUUCUUUUUUUUUUUUAUGUGUGGAAGCAGAAGGUACAUUCCAGUGAAGACUGAAAGAAACUGCUGCCGUUGGUAUAAGAGUGCAUAGAUUUUGAGGGCUGGUAUGUUGGCUGGUAAGUUUGCUAUGGCCUUUGUUUAUUGUUCCCUGGCUUGGCUUGAUGUCUCUAUAUUCAUUUUCCUUCACUUGUGUGCAGAAGGCAUAGCAGAAAAAGUGAGAACUGCCUUAGUGAUAGACCUUUACCUUUUUUGUGCAUGCUGUUUGUUCUUUGGCCGUAUGAGCAGGAACUACUAUGAGCCUUUGUGUGAAAUCUUCAUGUUCUGUACACAUGUUUUCAGCACUUACAGCACCUACAGAAUUAGCGCAUGUGCAGAAUUUUAGUGUGGGCAGGCUAUUUGUGAUCUGUGCACCUGUUUUACUGCAUUUCCUGUCCCUCCGUCUUGACCUCCAAGGCUGGGGGAUGACUUUUGAGGGUGUACAAUUGUGUUCUCAAAAGUCUUGUGUUGGUGUUCCAAUCUGCUCAGAAGCUGAGCAUAGUCUGACAAAGCAGAUGCUGUUGUAUUUCUCAUUGUUUUUGUGACCCUUAGAUACAGGUUUGAAACUGUAAAAUAUUGAAAAGUGAGAAUGCCAAAAAAAAAAUCCACUUAAGCCCAGUAUUCAAAACAGCAAUUUUUCAAUGUAUGCCAACCACCACUAGCAAAAAGCUGGGAACUGUAUCAUUGUUGUGCUGUCAAGUCCUUUAUGUGGCCGAGCUGAUGUUCGGCUGAAACAAGGGGACCCGUACGUUUUGCUGUUAUUACUGUUAAAAUGCCAAUGCUUGUCUCUGGCUUAGCUGUCUGAAAUAUGUGAAAAUCUUCUUUGAGCAAAUUUUGUGAUGUCGAAACUGCACAAAGAAAGUUGCACCAAGUGUCUGCGAGUAUUCUCAAGCAUACUUCAUUCUCUUCUGUUUUUGGCUGCCAAUAUUGUGUGAUGCCUUAAGUUUUGCUUGCAAUUGGCAUGGUCUGUCUAGGGCACAUAGUGAACGUGGAAAGUAGUGUAUUGCCAUUUUUCUCUACUUAAUGGAAGUUGCUUGGGACAUUUUAUCAGACGAGUGACUCGAAGGAUUAGUCCUGGGCUUAAUGGGACUAGUGGAUGGUAGUCCACAAUGCAUAACUAGCAUCUUUGUUUAACAAAGUGUAGCAGUACAAAUGUCUUCUUUUCUUAUAAGUGCCAUCCGAUGUUUUUCUGUAUGCAUUUAUGCCACAUGUAUUUACUACUUGCAUAUGGUCAUGGUAACCAUUAUGUAACAAUGUUUUUGUAGGCUGUGAUGAAUAAAGUACUACUACGAGACGUACAUUAUGUAGUGUAUGACCUAGUGUAUGUGUAAUCCAUACAAUGAAAAGUAAUUUGUAUACAGGUAUAAGCCAUUGCACAAACAUAAUGCUGUUCAUUUUGCAGACAUGCACCAGCACGUUGUCUGCAUGACGGAGGCAGCGCACUGUUGUUUCUCUGCCUUGAUCUAGGAAUAAGAGUUUACCAGUUCAAUGUGCGGCAUCUUGUUUACCUGCUGCUGUCUGUCAUGAGCACUUGCGCAUCUAAGGCGAUUGUACAGUGCUGCACUCGCAAAAGUUCGCAAUAAAGGAAUAAAGGCACACGGCUUUCUGCC